GUUAGCUCAAGCAUUGCCACCUGGACUUAGCACAAAGGCUUCGUGGAAUGCGAGCCUGUGGGCGGUGGCCUGAACUUGCUUGAGGAAAAGAGACAAAUUUCCUGCUGUGAAGAUGCCGGAGGAGAUCCAGCUGAAGCUGGUUUUCGCCAACGACCAUAACUCAGCGAAUUUGUCCAUUACAACAAACACACCAGUCAAGGAGGUGAAGAAGAUCAUUUUGCAGAGGCAUUGGCCUGAGAGUCCAAAUCUGAUCCCAGCAGAACAAGUCGAGAGGAUACGCCUCUUCGCCGCAGGCAAAGAGUUGGGUGGCAAAGGAUCUGAUGAUUCGAAGACCUUGAAGGAUGCACAGAUCCUUGUCAGUCCCAACGGCCCAACUCCCGUCCAUGUCAUGGCGGUGCAAAAGGAUGCGAGCGAAAAGCCGGUGGAGAACACGGAGAACCCCUCCAAAUCAACUUCGCAGUGUUUUUGCACACUCCUUUGACAUUUGAUCUUAAGUUCUUGUAGCGCAGCAUGGACCUGCUGGCGACUAUGGACAAGGGCUCAGUGCUCCAGUCCACCACCUUUGUUUCACCUGGUCCGACCUGGUAGACACCAACAGGACCCUGGCAAGUAUUGAGUUUCAAUAGGUGUACAGUAACCCACGUGUUC